AUGUACUCGCACACUCCUGACGACUCCCAACCUGCCAAUCGACACACCUACACCUCCGAAUACUCCGACGACUCCAAGCGAGAAUCCUACAUGGACCCCAGCCCACGCACCACCCAGAGGCGGGACGACGCCCACCAGCAGAACCUCCACUCCCUCCCCACCGUCCCAGCCGCCGAGAACUUCACCUCCUUUGCUGGCUUCGGCGCCUACGCCCCCCGGAACAACCUCACCGACGGCGGCGCAAUGGGAAUCAGCGAGCCGGGCAGCCCUAUCAUGAUCGCAGACGAAACCGACCAGCACUCCAACGAGAGCCUCUCGAGCGGCGACCGCACCAAGAUCGACUCUCGCUCGCCCAGCUCUCAUCAGCCCAUCCCCACCGCGGGGAAACAUGCAAGCGCCGAAGGUGCCUUCAACAACAACAACCACCACCACCAUCGCCAAUCGGAUAGCUAUGAUGUCUACAACGCCCGAAAUCCUCAACAAGCCGCCUAUGCCCCCGCGGAUAGCUUCCCAUCCUCCUCCCCCGCCUACGGCCGCUAUCGACAGGGCCCGUACGCCACCGACGGGCUCGAAUCGGGCCGCGCUUCGACCAUCGGCACAGACAGCUUCAACGCCGGGCCCUUCAAUUCAUCUCGCACGGCCCUCAACCACGACUGGCGCAACAGCGAUCUUGCCAGCCAGGAUGGCACUACCUUCGGGGAUGAGAAAUACGCCCCGGGCUCCUACCCUUCCAAAGACAUCUCCGAUGACCUUAAGGGCGGAAGCCCGACCUAUGUGCCCAUCCCUCCUUCCAGCCCUGCCAUCGAGGAGAAGCGCGCACCUCCGGCCCCCGCCGAAGGGAUCAUCUCCCCCCCUCCUGUCGUCGUCAGCCGGCAGAAUCGGCUGGAAUGGAUCGAUGGGAUCCGUGGCCUGGCCUCCUUGGUCAUCUUCACUCAUCAUUUUAGCGAUCUCACCUGGGCCCAAUCCCAUCCCGAGGUCCUCCCUCUAGGUAGCAUCUACGGGCUGCUUCGGAACGGACAGCUGGCAGUCGGGAUGUAUUUCUUGCUGGGCGGCCGAGUCCUCGCCCACUCCUUCCUCCGAUCCGCCUUCACCCGACCCUUGGCCCCCAAGGACUCUCACGGUGUCCCGAUCCCUGGUGGCAAGGCCGCUAGAUGGACCGGCCCCCGCUGGCUGUCCCUCUCCUCCUCCCUGUUCCGUCGAUCCAUCCGUCUGGCCUUCCCCGCCAUCAUCGUCGCACUGGUCCAAUGGAGGAUCGCCUCCACAGGCAUGCUCGGUGACCGACCCAUCAGGGCUGCCCAGAUCCUCACCCCAACCGCCCUCUGGCAGCCAACGUGGAACCAGAUCGGAAACGUCGGCGGCCUGCUCCAGUUCUGUCUCGACCUGUUCACCAAUCGUGGCCACCAGUACAUGCUCAGCGUCGGAUCGGCCCUCUGGACAACGUACGACCAAUUCUGGGGCUCCGUGCUCGUUUAUAUCCUCGCCGCCUCGGUCGCUCAAGUCGGAUGGGUCGGCCGAUACCUGAUCUACUUGGCCGUCUGCAGCUCUCUGUGGUUCAUCAACAGUCCCAACAUGCUCUACGUACUCGGUCUCUGGCUCGCCGAUCUCCAUGCUGCCGGGUUCAUCCGGAAACUUCAGGACCAUUGGAAGCCCACCAUGCUCGUCGAGAUCUCGGUGAUGAUUCUUGCUCUAGCCAUGAUCUCAGGCGGUACCAAGGUGUCCACUCCGGCCGAUAACCUGAUGGGUGAUAUCACUGUUUACGACGGUAAAUUCGGUUGGGAUCAGAGCGUCACCUGGCCUCAGUACAUGUUCAUCUCCAACUGGCUCCCUCCGCUCUGCAUCCUCGUUUGGGUUGAGGUCUCUCACGCCAUGCAAUGGCUCGCCAGUUGGCAGAUUUUCACUUGGCUCGGCAAAGUCUCGUACGGUUUCUACUUGAUGCAGUUCAUCACUCUCUACAGCAUCAUGCCUCCAGUGAUCAUCUACUUGAACGGCCAAGGCAAAAGCUAUUGGGAUAUGGUCAUGCCAGCGUAUCUGAUCUGUUUGCUCUUCAACAUCUUGCUGGCAUGGGUGGGCUAUCAUCUGCUAGAUCGAGUCGGUCUGAACUUGGCCAAAUGGAUCUGGGACGGGUUCUUUGUGACCAAGCCGACCAACGCGGCCAGUCUUCCGAUGAAGUCCAUGCGCGCCUUCGGCAACAUGCUCAUCUCCGCCCCGGGAGGCUUGGUCAAGGCGAUCGGCACCAAGACGGUGACCAAGUACACCAGCACCCGCAAGACGCUCCACACGAUCAUGAACUGGAGAACUCCCUGCACUCGUCCGGCCAUCCCUGACCCUACCGACCCCGAGGUUAUCAGUCAGCUCCACUCGACCCGAUGGACAUCUGACAUGAGCAGUGACGCCGAAGCCGUCCGCACCGCCCGCCUGCUCCGAUUUCAACAGUAUACCUGGAUCAUUCACAUCAUCAUUGUUCCCCUCAUCAGUGGGCUUUGGGUAGUCUACCAUCCCACUGGUACAUGGACGUACGAUGCCUUCACCUUCUCGACCUUGUGGCGGUUCAUGUGGGUGCUCUCGGUUCCCAACUGUCUGUUCGCCUUUGCCGGUUUCUGCACGCCCGAUCUUGCCCCCAGCCGGGCCUCCAUGGACAAGAAGCCCGUCUUCCGCGAGUACGUCCGCAACUUCUUCAUCCUCUUGGUCACCAAAGGGUCCAACGAAAAUGCCGUGAGAAGAGGAUACAACAAGCUGUUGCUCCUAGAGAAGUACCACCCCGCCGUCAAAGUCAUCGUCUUGACAGACGAGCCUUACGUCUACCCCGACCUGCAAAACAUCGUUUGUCCCAAGUCGUACGUCUCACCGCUCGGCAAGGCCAAGUACAAAGCAAGAGCACUCGAUUACUUCCGGUACCAUGUCUCGCUUGGUGUUUAUGAUUGGAUCUUGCACAUGGACGAAGAAUCUACGACAGAUGGAGAGAGUCUGAGACGAUGUCUCGAGUUUAUCAGAUAUACACCCCACCACUUCGGACAAGGAAUAAUCUUGUACAACGGUGAAGGUUACUGGGACAACUGGUACUUCACUGUCGCAGACGGGAUCCGUGUGGGAGAUGAUCUCGCCCGUUUCCAUUUCCAAAACACCGUCAUUCAUCGGCCUGUGUUCGGCGUGCAUGGGUCGUUCCUGAUGACCAAUGGAGAGAUGGAGAACGAAUGUACAUGGGAUUUCGGAUCAUUGGCUGAGGAUUUCGAGUUCUCUCAGGAUGCGUGGCGUCGUGGGUUCACUUGUGGCCGCGUUCACGGUAUCGUUCGGGAACAGUCGCCGACAUCGCUCCGGGAUUUCUUGAAGCAGCGUCGUCGAUGGUUCAUGGGAAUUCGAGACAUCGAUGGGCUGUAUGGGCUUCCGCAUUUCGCCGUGAACCUAUGGAUAGUGGGGGUCUUCACGCUCGCGGUGACGAUCAUCAACAUCCCGUUCCUGCUGGUCGACAAGUCGUUGACGCCGCUAUGGGUCGCCGUGUGUGCAGACUUCUGCUUCGUGACCUUCUACUGGCUCUACCUCUGGGGCCUGCUCUUCCAGGAACUCGACUACGGCCAGAAGUGGUGGCGCAUCAUGAUCCACAUUCCCUGCGCCGUCGUCAUCCAGCCCUUCGCGUCUAUCGCUGAAGGUCUCUCGGCCAUCUGGGCCAUGAGCUCCGUCGACUUCGGCAAGUUCGAGGUCAUCGUAAAGAAAUAA